AAUAUGUUACAUCCAAAUGUACCGUGCAUCCCGCAUGAUAGCUGAUACCAUUACAAUCAAGAAAAGUUGAAACAGAAGCUCUUUACAAUUGUCUACGAAAAUUAUGUUGGAUGGAUCCGCACGUCUUAUCCUCUUAAUUAUUUAACCUUUUUGACUAAAUCCAAUAAUUGAGUUUUUUCAAGCUGUAUCAUAUAACCUCAUUUUGGUUUUGUAUUUUGAGGUAAACUGCUAAUAAAUUGGAAAAAUGGUAUCCCAAACAGUUGACCUUUUGAAGAACGAGCUCCCUCUUGAGCAGGAGGCUGUGGUUUUGCCUGAAGAUGUUGUGACUGGUCUUGUUCUUGUGGAUAUCAUCAAUGGCUUCUGCACUGUCGGUGCUGGAAAUCUGGCUCCAAGAGAACCCAACAGUCAAAUUUCGGGGAUGCUCAGCGAAUCGGCAAGGCUGGCAAGACUUUUCUGCGAGAAGAAAUUGCCUGUUAUGGCGUUUCUUGAUUCUCAUCAUCCUGACAAGCCCGAGGAUCCCUAUCCUCCUCAUUGUAUUGUUGGCACCGAUGAAUCAAAUUUGGUUCCAGCUCUGCGAUGGAUAGAAAAUGAAACAAACGUGACAAUCAGGCGGAAAGAUUGCUAUGAUGGAUAUUUGGGUUCGAUGGAAGUUGAUGGUUCGAAUGUUUUUGUGGAUUGGGUGAAGAACAACCAGAUUAAAGUUUUAUUGGUAGUAGGCAUAUGCACAGAUAUCUGUGUGCUGCAUUUCGUGUGUUCAACUUUAUCAGCGCGGAAUCGAGGUUUCCUGGCUCCUCUCAUGGAUGUUAUUGUGUAUUCAAAUGCCUGUGCAACCUUUGAUGUUCCUCUUCAUAUUGCCAGAAACACCAAAGGAGCUUUGCCUCACCCUCAGGAGUUUAUGCAUCAUGUAGGCCUUUACAUGGCAAAAGAAAGGGGAGCCAAGAUAGCAAACGAAGUCUCAUUUGGUGCUCCAAAUAGGCAAUUAACUACUGCGGACUGCAGCCAGUAGGUCUGAGAUUCGUGCUAUCUGAAGCA